AUGGAGAUCGACGUCAGCAUGAUUAUCGGAUAUGUGAUGAAAUUUAAUUACGUCCUGCCCUAUAACGCCUCCUACUUGACGGAUUCAUUCGUACGGUAUGAGAGAUCGAUCGACCAUGACGAUUCCGUGAAGGAGAACAAUGGAUUUGACAUUCGAACAUCGAAUAUACUUGAUUCACCGACCACAUCCAGGUGGGAACUCUACGAGAUCCUCGAAUCGAUUUUGGAAAAUUCACACUAUGGCAAAGUCUGCCUUUUAAGAAUGAUUUGCGAGGUUGCUGAUGUACCAUUUAAUAGAAUGCACGGACUUGCAGGACAAUUAUUUUAUGUACUUCUCACGCCUUCAACAACGUCCGAUACGUUUAGAACGCAUGCCGAUCAGGAAUAUCACGGUGCAGAAUUGGCAGGUCGACAAAAUCCCGAGCGAUGUCAGAGUAUAUUUUCCGAAUGUCCGGAAAGUCUGCUCGAAUACUUUACCGAGAUUCGAGAAUAAUUUAUCGCUUGAACGUUGUCGUUUUGCGUAUGCAUCGGCGUUAUAGCGUUUGCAAACGUCCGUUCGAACUCAUUCGC